AUGUUGUGCAGCAAAGACGAUUCUCCACAGUUAGCAGAACGCGAGCCUGCCGGAGUGAAUAAUCUCCCGCCCUUCUCCCACAAAAAAAAACGAAAAUCAUCGCAAUUAACCUGUGCCGCCGUUGCUGUGCGUGUGAUUUCUCCAAAAUGUCACCUAGACGACGACGACGACGACGACGACGAUGAUGAUGAUGAUGAUGAUGAUGCUACAACACCGAGUCCGACCAGCAUCGUAUCCAGGCAGCAAGUACUGAUUAAAAACCGAUUAACCUAA